AUCAGUUGCCAAACCAUGGAGGCUCUGAAUGGCUUGGAAUUGUCGUUGCCCCACAUUGCUCUGCCAGAAGCUGGUCUUUUGCUGCCAAACGGCUUAUCGCCUGCGAGCUUGGAGCAAACUCUAAUAGACGAUCUGGAAGUGGCAUUAAGUCGCUGUGCCCCCGGCUAUGUGUGGAAAGAUGAGGCAAACGGUUGUGUGAUACAAAUAUCUCCACGCAGUCAGAAGUGCGAAUGGGGCUACCAAAAGAAUAUACGGUUGGAUGAGUGCAGAAGAAUAAGGUACGAUAUGGAGCAACAAAAGGGACCUAUCAGAAAGUGGUGGGACAAGAAUGUUGGCAAGACAACUGCACCACCAGAGCCAGCCCGUCCAACAGUUAUAAAGACGACAGCUUACACCGACGGCUGGUACGGUUACGGCUCCAAUUUUGGCCGAAAUGAUCCACAUUGGUAAACUUCGCAUCGAAUUGAUCCGACAAUAAAUGAAAUUCGCAAAUAGCGUCUAUUCGUCUACACAA